AUGAUGCGUGAACCGGCGGCCGUUCUCGAUAGUAUGAAGGACAAGCUAUCUUUAGAGGAUCUCGAGAUUCUCAUCGCCUACUUCGCCCAACAGGGUCGCGACAUGUGGCAGGCCCUCGAGGUCUACGAUUGGAUGGUCCGCGGGAACCGCGUGGAGCGCCGAACGCGGCGCCUCAUCCACGUCAUCAUGGACCAGCGCCUCGGGCAGCUGCUACAGGAAGGCUGCCCGACGGAAAAAGUUGUGCGGCUGGUGGGCAGGAUGGUGGAUCUCGGGCUGCCCCCGGAUUUCCCGCUGAAAAGAUUGGUGGGGGAGGAGCUGUGGGAUAGAGGGGCGGUGGCGGAAGUUGUAAAGCUUCUGAGAAUGUUCCGGGACGAGGAGGAAAGGGUGGGCAUGGGAGCAGCAGAGUCAAGGAGGCAAGAUAAUCGAUUGCCAGGAGUGGAAAGGAGUGGGGUGCGGUCCGAACAACAACAGAGCAGCAGAGAAGCUAGCACAGGCGGGGUAAUUGAGGCGAAAAGAGGGCAGGAUCAAGAGGGGAGGCAGGCAGGCAUAGAGUCAAAGUCAAGAGAGGUAGAAGCAGACAGGGAGGGGGAUGGAGCAGUGGUGGUCCGAGAAGCAGGGGCAGCAGCAGAGGCAGUAGCAGAAGCGGUGGGGGAUGAAGAGGCGAUGAGAGCAGCAGAGGAGAGGGAGGAUCUAGUGGGGCUGCUGCUGCUGCGAGCUGUCAGCGCGGGGCAGUACCGGCAGGUGCUGCCGCUGCCGCGCAUGCUGCGAGAAGCCGGGGUGGAGGUGGGCGUGGCGGGGUUCAGUGCGGUGCUGGCCAGUGCGGUGAAGGAGCAGGAGAAGCUGAGCGUGGCGCGGAGGGAGCUGAGGGACCUGCAGCAGAUGGGCUUGGUGGGGCAGUUGUCGCCUCUGGACGGGUUGUUGCUAGAGGUCCAUGGGGCAACUCUGAGGCACGAGGCAGAGCAAGUGGUGCAAUGGUGUGCAGAGGAGUGCGAGGGCGACCUGCAGAGGCUUAGGGCGGCGGUUGGGGAGCGAGAGAGACAGCGGGAAAAGCGGCUAGCAGAGCUCAGGGAGGGGGGCAGGGGGGGAUACGAGGUGAAGGGGCGAGAGGCGCAGCUUUACCAGCAAGUAGCAGAAGAUGGGGAGGGAAGACUAAUCUUGAGGCGAGAUGCACAGAUUACUGGUCUGUCACGAGGGCUCUUAAGUGGGGGAAGCAUGCGGGAAGAAGAAGAGGAGGGAUACAGAAUAGGCUCACAGGAGCGUGAUGAGUCUUGGUUGCUGCUGGACCUGCAAAGAAACAGAAGAGGAGAGGUGGAGUGGGGGGGUGAAUCGGAUGUGCAGCGAGGGACACAGAGCUUCAUACAGCGGCUGGAGGCGUUGGGCUGCCCGUUGGACGAGUGGGCGUAUGCACUCAUGGUGGGGGGUGCGCUCAAGGGCGGGCACGUGGACGUGGCUGCAUACGCGGUCAGGGAGCUGGUGGUGCUGUGCUCUCAUGGUGUAGCUGGUGGUGCUGUGCUCUCAUGGUGUAGCUGGUGGUGCUGUGCUCUCAUGCUGGUGGUGCUGUGCUCUCAUGGUGUAGCUGGUGGUGCUGUGCUCUCAUGGUGUAGCUGGUGGUGCUGUGCUCUCAUGCUGGUGGUGCUGUGCUCUCAUGGUGUAGCUGGUGGUGCUGUGCUCUCAUGGUGUAGCUGGUGCAUCGAGUGGGCGUAUGCGCUUAUGGUGGUAGGUGCGCUCAAAGGUGGACACGUGGACGUGGCUGCAUUAGCCAUUGCUCUCGUGCUAGUUGUGGAAGCCUAUCUGGGGCUGUGCGCUGCCCUGGCAGACGUGGGGUUAUUGGAGCCUACAAUCGUGUUCCUCUACGUUGACCCACAUCUCCCUUCUCCCUUGCCUCCCCCUUGUCCGCAGAUGGUGAGGAGGGGCAUGCAGCCUAAUGCGCAACAGCUCGCUUUAGUGUUACGGCGCCUGCAGAGGGGGGAUGCGGGAGUGGAAGCCUAUCUGGGGCUGUGUGCUGCCCUGGCGGAUGUGGGGUUGCUGGAACCCACACUCGUCUUCCUCUAUGUCGACCUGCUGCGCCUCUGCAUCCUGCGCAUGCUGUAG